AUGUGAGGUGUCAUGGGGAGCCAGGGGAGUCCGGUCAAGAGCUACGACUACCUGCUCAAGUUCCUGCUGGUGGGAGACAGCGACGUGGGCAAAGGGGAGAUCCUGGACAGCCUUCAGGACGGAUCGGCCGAGUCGCCGUACGCUUACAGCAGCGGUAUCGACUAUAAAACCACCACCAUCCUGUUGGACGGCCGGAGGGUGAAGCUGGAGCUCUGGGACACAUCGGGUCAGGGACGCUUCUGCACCAUCUUCCGCUCGUACUCCAGAGGAGCUCAGGGAAUCCUGCUGGUCUAUGACAUCACCAACCGCUGGUCCUUUGACGGGAUCGACCGGUGGAUCCGAGAGAUCGACGAGCACGCGCCCGGCGUUCCUCGCAUAUUGGUGGGGAACCGGCUGCACUUGGCCUUCAAGCGGCAGGUGCCCACGGAGCAGGCGCGAGCGUACGCCGAGAAAAACGCCAUGACCUUCUUCGAGGUCAGUCCCCUGUGCAACUUCAACGUCAUCGAGUCGUUCACAGAGCUGUCGCGCAUCGUGCUGAUGAGACACGGCAUGGAGAAGUUCUGGAGGCCCAACCGAGUGUUCAGCCUGCAGGACCUGUGCUGCCGGGCCAUCGUCUCCUGCACACCGGUCCACCUCAUCGACAAGCUGCCGCUGCCGGUGGCCAUCAAGUCGCACCUCAAGUCCUUCUCCAUGGCCAACGGCAUGAACGCCGUCAUGAUGCAUGGACGCUCGUACUCGCUGGCCCAGCCGGGGGGGUCCAAGGGGAACAGUCUGAAGCGCUCCAAGUCCAGCCGCCCCCCGCAGAGUCCCCCGCAGAACUGCACUCGCAACAACUGCAAGAUCUCCUAACCCCCCUCCCACAGCUAGGAUCAAGAGGGACGUAGAGGCCCCCCAGGGGUCAGGUCCAGGUUAAAGGUGGACCCCAACACUUGACACUGCUGUCGCUUCACGCCUCACUUGUGCGAUCAGAACACUUCUUGUCUUGUGCUGUGGGCGUCAGCUCUGACGCGCCUCUGACUGGUUUGAACAGAACCUCACAACCUAAGUGGAGUACACACACGCACCCGUGUCCUGGAUCUGGAGCUUAAUCUGGGUCCAACUGAACUUUAUUGAUGCAGGGUUUUCACGUGUAAAUAAACGUGUCACCAUGACAGCGUGACCCAGCAGCUGCAUGAGUGUGUGUGUUCGUCAUCACUCAAAACCCCUCAUUCAGUGAGGAACCGAUGUCCCAGUCAUGAAAAGGUUUCUUGUGAGGCUCCAGGUGACGCGUGCUGAGUCAGGGCACCCUCUGCUGGAUAGCUACUCAACUGCAGGAGCAGUGAACACCACUUCCCCCUUUUCCUGUUGACGCUUAACAGUUUCCUGUUGCCACAGUCACAACUGUCUGGGGUCCCGGUGUGUGUGUGUGUAUCCGCCAUCUUUAUUUUCGUUGUUUCCUUGAUGAUCGGUGAUGUCACAGGUUAGAAAAACAAUGUCUUGAUUGUUUUGACAGGAAACAACAGGCGAGAGAAUGUGAUUAAAUUAUUGAUCUUUUCAAAAUAAAAGUCCUGAAUGUUUCACAAUCCCAGUCUGUGAUGCGAACCCAAGGGUCUGUCUGGUGAUC